AUGGUGGGGGAGCUGCAGAACAACAGGGCCGACCUCACCGUGUCCGAGCUCUCCAUCACGGCCGAGCGCGCCAGAGUCAAUACCUGCACUCCUGAACCUCGCAGCCCCAAUUGCCAAAUUUUUCACGACGUUUGGAUUAAUAAUAUUGCGAAGGACUCGAGCAACCUCGCGGCCAAUUACACAGACGGACUACACAAGGCUCUCCAAGGUCAGUAUGUGUUCAUCGGCGUGGGGGUGACCACGCAGUACUUCUUGCGGCAGCUGCCAGCGUCACAGGCCUGCAAGAUCAAGGCGCUGCCCGGCACUUACCUUCAAGUCGGCAUCGCUAUUGGGCUACAGCACCGGUCACCCUUCCAGCCUUCCUUUGAUCUCAGCCUGCAGAAAUUUCGUGAGCUCGGCCUGCUGCACAAGCUCGCCAAGAAGUGGCUGGCCAAGGAAAUGUUUUGUGAGGACGACAGCCUCGUCGUUAUCGACAUCAUCGACGUGUCGAGCCUCUUCGUCCUUCUGCUCCUCGGCAUCGGACUGAGCAUCGUCAUCUUUGCUGUAGAGAUCAUGAUGCGAAGCACUCAUCGUCGCCAACGAAAUAAAAAACCCAUAGAGGAAAUUUGA